CAGUGUAGCACACGGAAGCGCGCCGUUACAGUUUCCAGCUGAUGACAAACUGAUUGUUGUUGAAAGAUUCGGACACAAUGAUACAUUUCUGUUCUAGAAGCGAACAGCUAAAAUAAGUUUCAUUUGUUAUAACAGAUGAAAUGAAGUGUCUCUUGGUGGCCAACGAGAGUGCAGAGGUGCUGUUCUACUGGACUGAUGCAGAGUUCGAGCAGCGCAUUCAAGAGCAGUAUGGAGUUUCCCAAGAGGAAGGACAAAGUCCGCCUGCAUUUGAAGAUAGCAUCAACACUCUCUUUGCGCCCAUCAUCAUCUCCUGCAGCACUAUGGUGGACAGACUUGGGGACAAUUACACGUCUUUCUGCACAGAAGACAAUCAAGUCUAUGUUUUGCAUCAGUUUGAGGAGUGUUUGUACAUUGCUGUGAAUGGAGAUGGAGAUGAGUCAGAAGAGGACUUAAAGAGAAAGAUCCAUGUGAUGAAGAAACUCAUAAGUAUUAUGUUUGGGAUGGUGACGCUCAGCAGUGCUCUCUUGAGGAAAGAAUUGCGCCCUCAAAACACAGAGCAAAGGAACCAGUUGUGGAAGAAACUGCGCAGCCUCCUGGAAACAUACAGCCACCUACGAGAGCAGGACCAGAGCUUUUUAGUUGAGGCGGUGGAGAGGUUGAUCCACCCCACCCUGUGUGAGCAGUGUAUUGAGUUUCUGGAGCGUCGACUGGUGCAGCAGAUUAACAGCAGUGUGGAGAGAGCAGGAGAGGAAGUGCUGCAUGCUUUCAUACUGGUGCACACCAAACUACUCGCCUUCUACUCCAGUCGUAAUGCAAGCAGUCUAACCAUCUCUGAUCUUCUGGCUCUGAUCAUCCUGGUGCAGGAUCUCUAUCCCAGCAAAAUCGACCUGGAUGACACAACUUCUGAGGAGUUUGAGAGGAUUUCAGUUCCUGAUGUAUACUACACGCCAGAGCCCUCUCCUCCUGACCAGGAAUCAGUCCAAACAAGAGGUGACAGCCCUCCUGUCUUCCAGUUUGUUGAUCCUGAUAUUCAGAUGGCGGAGGACAGUCUGCAAACUCUUGAAGUUCCAACCCCUGACACUUUGGCCCCGUCAAGAGUAUUCCUGGAAGCCACACUGAAAGAGGGCCUCUUUCCAAUGAUGCCUCACUCCAUGUACUGCUUGCCUCUCUGGCCUGGAAUCACACUAGUGCUACUCACCAAGAUCCCCAACAGUCAGGUGGCAAUGUCUGUUUACUACUAUCUGGAUACAUUUGUGAAUCUGGAGAAGAGGUUAUGUGAGGGGCAGGAGGGAGCCGCAGCCAUGCGGGGUCAGCCUUCUGUCCAGGACAUCCGGGUCAAACUGGACAAGUUCAUCAAAAACUUGGUCAGCAUGGACAUUCAGACCUCCCAACUUCAAAAUGUGUGGACAGACUUUAAGAACAAAGUCUUCACCAGAUCUGCAUCUGGAGUCACAAGAGAGUUGCUGCCCUCCUGUCGUAACAUGAAGACUCAGUUGUGUGGGGUGUACAGACAGUGUUUUGCUGCUAAAUGCAUGAGCAGCAGUCAGCGAUUGUCUCCUCAUCUUCAAGAACGAGCUCUACACAUGGUCCAAGAGAAGUUGUUGGACUGGAAGGAUUUUCUGCUGGUGAAAAGCAAAAGAAACAUCACAAUGGUGUCAUACCUGGAGGAGUUUCCUGGUCUCAUCCACUUUAUUUAUGUGGAUCGUUCAUCUGGACAUAUGAUCGCACCCUCUCUAAAUGUGACUGAUCGCACCGUCUCCGAGCUCGGAAAGGGGCCUCUAGCACGCUUCAUAAAGAACAAGAUAUGGGGCCUUGUGGCAACAGCCCGGCGAUACCUGCAAAAGGGUUACACCACUGUCACUCACAGAGAUGGAGAUUAUUUCUACUGUUACUUCCUGUGGUUUGAGAAUGAAACGGGUUACAAACUGGAAGUGAUAGACAUACCCAGCCUCCCAGAGGACUAUGCUCCAAUAGGAAUGCUCGCCUUGGAUUAUUAUAAGAAACUUCUGCGAUAUUACAGCAAAAGUCAUCAGAAUGAGGUGGUGAAGUGUUAUGAACUGCUGACUCUGCAUCUAGGUGUGAUCCCCAAUGAAUACAUCCUUCAGCAUUGCAGUCAGCUGGCCCGCAAGCUCUGGGAGCCCUCCCGUAUUCCCCUCCUGUGAACCACACUCAGGGGUCCUCAGAGGAUUUCUGCCAUGUUCACUUAUUCAAUAGGUGAUCUGUUAUCUAGAGAAAGAGUUUCCUGCACUUUUAGCACUUCUCAUUUAAGUUAUUUGUAAAAAAAUAACAUUGUGCUAAGAAACCAAACAUUGUGUUUCUUUUGCUUACAGUGAACUGAGUGUGAUAUGCAAGUGAAUAGAGUCAAUAUUGUUGAGAAAUUACGAUUCUUAUUAUUUAAAUGUUAUGGUGCUCGUCGGACCAAUUAAAAAAUCCGGACCAAUUAUUGUAAUUUUAUUGUUUUUUAUUAUUUAGAUUUCAUCAGAUUUCUGGCUCAAUGAAAAUGAGUAUGUUCGAUGCAUUUAGAGCUCCUGUAUAUUGACUGCCAUAUCUGGAAAGAAACAGAAUUUAGUAUACUUUAUUUCAUAAAAUUAUGUAAAAGACAGUUGAUGAAAACGCAUUCUUUUAUCAUUAUUAAUCUCUCUGUUUUUACAACAGUUUUAUUGGGACAGUUUUUGUAACUGUGCAGAAAAUAUAUUGUUAUCCUCAAUGUUUUGGAGGUACAGCAGAUGUUGUGUAUUUAACAGAAAUACAUCCAUAGUUUUUUAAAGCUACAAAACAUUCCCAAUAUUUUUUCCACUGCAUUAAGUUAAAAAUUAAGUAAUAAAAAAUGUAAUGAUAGCAAAUUGAUAAUGAAGACAGAAAGUGUCCGUUUUUGACCCUUCGCGGCUUAUUUUAAUGUCUCUAAACAGAUCAUGUGAGAUUUCACAGGACAUAUUUAUUGAGAACAGUGCAGAAUAAUUGACAUAAUAUUGCUGAGAUAUAUAGUGUUUUGUAAAAAAAAAAAAAAAAACAUUUUAUGUAACAUACAAUAUUAUCAUUUUCCGAGCUAAAUAAAAUACAAUGGAAUAUUUUGUCAUCUUUCAUAAAAAAAUGAUAUAUAUAUAAUUUAUGUGGAUUAUAGUCACUUUUGGUUUUCAAUUUAAUUAAAUUACUUUUUUGAAAGCUAAUUAAAUUUUUUAACUGCAACUUUCUGUAUAUCAAUUUUUUGGGUGAGUCUCACAAAGGAAUGCCCUGGUCAUAUUUCACCCCAAAAUGAAAUUGACAAUAUUGAUGGUUCUAAAAAUAAUCUUCAUUUUCAUUGACUGUCAUCUAAUUUCCACUUGUAAUAGAAGAUAACUCCUCCCAAAUGUAUUAGUGUCUCUGACCACAUCAUAAUGCAUCUGUGAUGUCUUGCACUGCUCCGGCUUUAACCAGUUCCCUCAGUAAGACUGUCUCAGCACUGACAUCAUGGACAACCUGUGUCAUCAUAGCGUCCAUGCGGAGAGACUCGUAGUAUUGCAGCAGGGCUCCAGGGUGCUGCAGGUCAUAUCCAAAUCCAGCCAGACUCACCUCAUCACACACCUGCAGGGCCAGAACUACCGCCCUUAUGCCCAGGGUUGGCACCAUCAAACAAAAACAACACGUUGUUAAGGACAUAAGACUGAGGCCUACU